GACGAAGCGCGACAAGCACGUCUUGUAUUACUAACUAUGACCUUUCCAUAAAAAGAGAAGAAGAAAACCUCAAUCACAAACAAACAAGAUAUCAUCGACAAUUCCAAACAUAACUUUUCUUGUUUGCCAGGAAGAUAACAUGCAUUCGGUCAAUAUUUUAAGUCCAAUACGUUAUUUUCUACGCCAGAAGAAAAGAUUCGUUUGGAUACAUCUUCCAGCACAAAUGGCCUUUCCUUUUUCUUUAUAAAGAAUUAAAAGGAAAGGAAAAUCUCUACCAAAAAAUAUAACAGUAACCCACACAAAGACCAGCGCCGAACAGCAUAAGACUAUCCUCUGUUCUGCUGCCAAAUCUUUCAUCCCUCUGAUCUGUUCGUUUCCUUCCUUCGUCUUAGUUGCUGAAUUCUGAGAUUAGCACUCUUCUAAGGUGAGUGUCUGUUCCCAAAGCUCAGACCUUUUCCGUUUACCAACUUCUCGUUCAUCUCUCUGUUCUGUUCCCACUGAUUUUCUGGGUUUAGUUUGUUAUACUUGUUCGUCGGCGCCUAUGUUGGAUCUUUGGGUUGGUAUUGUCAGUAGGGGUGAAAUGCUGACCCUUCUCCACUCUCCAUUCCUCUCGAUUACUUUCGUAUUUCCAUUUACCUAAAACAAUUCAAUCUUCACCCUUCAUUCUCGGCGAUUGUCGGCGAUUGCCGUCCGACGUCGACGCCCAGUCCUUCUUCUCCAACCGCAAGGACGAUUGCCUUCCUCGUCGGCCGCUAGGGCUUGGAGAAUCCCUUCACGAACCCUCCAACCCUCUCAACCAUUAACCCUAAAAGCUCGACUGAUUGUUGCGGUAAGUUUCCCCUCCUUCGCUGUGUUACAAACCUCGAUUGAUUGACCAACGAACCCCACUAGGGUUUUUUCUUUUCUUUUCUUUUCUUUUCAUUUUGUUUUGUUGUUACUUUCUUCUGAUCCUUUUGAAAACCCAAGAAAAGGUACGAUGGGGGAAUUUGAUUCCUUAUUGAGUGGGUUGUGGGCUGUGGAUGGCUGGCUGGCUGGCUGUUGUUGUAGUAGCAAUUGUCGUUUGGACUUUUGGAAGGAGGGUUUGGGAUUUGAGAUGAGGGAAAGGGAGUAAGGUGAGAAGAAGAGGAUGAUGAAAGCAAUUUGGGUCGAAACAGAAUUUCCCUUUCAAUUAAUCUAAUGGAACUAUUAUUACUCCAUCUAUAGUCUAUUAUAUUUCCUAUAUAUGUCCUUUCUGGUCUGUUCUUGUCCUUCUGGUUCUUCUCUCAAGUUCAUGGGCAUGUGGCAUACUUCAGAUCAUCCAUGUUCUUCUGUGUUUUUUGCUUUUAACCUUUCCUGGUUAUGAAUUUACCACUGGGUAUUUUCUUUAUGGCAACCCUUUACUGAUUCUCCUAUGAUACUUGGAAUGUAAAUUAAGUGUAGUAACUGGUUGCUAAUUUUGUGCAGUAACUUCCAGAACACAAAAAUUGUUGUUAUAUUGUCUCUAAGCAAAAUUGGUAUUGUCUAAUUCUUUCUUUCGGCUUGAUUUUUAGUGCGUUUGACUUGGAGUAUUUAGGUUGACAACCUUCAGAUCUGUAGCUUCGAUUGUUCGGCAUGGUCUUUGACUUAUUGUUUGUUUAAUGUGAUAUCUGAUACUUCUAGCGGCCUGUUUUGUUCUUACAGUUUGUGUGCAGCAAUAUUUCAUCAGGGAUGGCAGAGGAUAAGAUUGGAAUUGCCAAGGAUGUCACUGAGUUGAUUGGUAAAACACCAAUGGUAUAUCUCACCAAUGUUGUGGAUGGCUGCGUUGCUCGUGUUGCUGCCAAGUUAGAGAUGAUGGAACCCUGCUCAAGCGUCAAGGAUAGGAUUGGAUAUAGUAUGAUAGCUGAUGCGGAGGAGAAGGGUCUUAUCAAGCCUGGCGAGAGUGUCCUUAUUGAGCCAACAAGUGGAAACACCGGGAUAGGGCUGGCAUUCAUGGCAGCAGCCAAGGGCUAUAGACUUAUAAUUACAAUGCCUGCUUCGAUGAGUUUGGAGAGAAGAAUGGUUCUCAGAGCUUUUGGAGCAGAGCUUGUUCUUACAGAUCCGGCAAGAGGCAUGAAAGGUGCUGUUCAGAAGGCAGAAGAGAUCUUGGCAAAGACACCUAAUUCUUAUAUUCUGCAGCAAUUUGAGAAUCCUGCCAACCCAAAGGUUCACUAUGAGACCACAGGACCAGAAAUCUGGAAAGGCUCUGCUGGCAAAGUUGACGCCUUUGUGUCUGGGAUAGGAACUGGAGGAACAGUAACUGGUGUAGGGAAGUAUCUUAAGGAGCAAAACCCUAAUAUCAAGCUCUAUGGUGUAGAACCAGUUGAAAGUGCAGUGUUGUCUGGAGGAAAGCCUGGUCCACAUAAAAUCCAGGGCAUUGGUGCAGGCUUCAUCCCUGGAGUCCUCGAUGUCAAUUUGCUUGAUGAAGUUGUUCAAGUAUCAAGUGAAGAAGCUAUUGAGACAGCUAAACUUCUCGCCUUGAGGGAAGGAUUGAUGGUAGGAAUAUCAUCCGGUGCAGCCGCAGCUGCUGCAAUCAAGAUCGCGAAGAGGCCCGAGAAUGCUGAAAAGCUCAUAGUUGUGGUGUUCCCAAGUUUUGGUGAGCGUUACCUCUCAUCAGUGCUCUUCGAAGACGUGAAACGAGAAGCAGAGAACAUGGUGUUCGAGCCUUGAACCUGCCUCUGAUGUUGUUUGGCGAUGGAGUGCAUGGUUACUGAUCAGUACGGUCUCUGAUUUUAAUGCUCGAGGUUUCUCUAGACUCCAUUACCAUCUCUUUCUCUCUCUCAAAAAGUUUUUUUCUGUAGCAUUGACAUAAGGGUUUGUAUUAGUCAAUACUCAAUAACGGUGCCCGGAGUUGGCCGGCUUGGUGUUUCUGCUGGGUUUCUGAUCCUCUCCAUGGAGGGGAAAAGAAAGAGGUGCUUGAGAUAUGCAAAUACUGUCUUGGCUUGAACAUUGUGACCUGUGUCUUUUCCGCCAAGAACUUUAGAUACAAAGGUUAACGACGUUUGAAUAAAUAUAUGGUUGGUGUUGCGCGGUUGCGUCCGCAGACCGCAGCAGCCAUUAUAUUUGUGGACUGGCUGGCUGUGCAACGUCGGUUACGAUAUACUUUUUAGUAUAUUAUUAUAUUUCAUGAAUAUUUCCACUCACAGAUCACAUAUUUUUGAUAGCGGAAUGUGACCAAAUCGGAAGAUCACAUGUUUCAAUUUAUACGACAACAGAGUUUCGUCACUAGCAGUCAAACGCUUUCGAGAACACCACACGGGGCUUCGAGACGCAUCAAACUCGGAAUCUCACACAUAUCGUAACGACAUCGCUAUGCUAUCUUAUCAUUGGCCUGUUUAGAUAUAUACAAUUAAGUAUGGAGUUCAUGUUAGCGUUAGGGGUGUGCAUCGGUCCGAUAUUAAAAGAUAUAUUAGGACCAAUGACCAGACCAAUAGUGCUUCAAUAUUGAAAGAUAUAUUAGGACCAAGGACCAGACUAAUAGUGCAUUCGGUCCGCUUUGGUCCGGUCCAAAUGUCAAUUCGAUCCAUUUUUCUUCAGUAUCUAUAAAAUUCAUGGGACCAAGGAUCGGACCAUAUUAUAUUCGAUUUGGUGUGGUCAACUCCAAUCGUCGAUUUGGUCCGAUAUGGACCAACUCAUUGCGCACUAGCGUUGAAGAAAGGAAAGGGACCUGAGAAUUGAGAUUAUUAAUAAAUAAAUUAUGCUGAUCUUGUUAUCAGAAGUUGAAUAUUUUUAGAAAAGGAUCAUAAACUCCUCCUGGAACGUUCUCUAUGUUGGUCCCAAAUGUAAUCAGACCGGUAUUAACUAUUUAGCAAUGGAGGGGGUAUGAGCCACUGAGGAUCAACCACAUCUUAUUUUCUAUAUAGUCGAUAUAAAAAUAGAAUAUAUUUUUUUUUUCAAACUAUUUUUUCCUUAAGAAGUAUAUGAGAUUUCAUUCAUGGGUUGGGUUGGGGCGACCUAUAAGUACCACUAAUUUUAUAACCGUGUAAUUGAAGCAAAUUCAUAAGGACUUGAGUGCCACCCUUUACUUUGUAAUGAAUAAGGUCUAUAAUG